AUGCAUAGAAUACGUAUAGCAUCAAAUAAAUUUACUACUAGAAGAAUAAGAAAAGCCAAAGAAAACAAACUAUAUUAUGUUUUAGGAGAAUCUUACCUUACUAAUAUAAUUUCAUAUAAUAUAACUAAUAAUUCAAGUAUCAAAAGAAAUAUUAAAAGAGAUAAUAAUAGUAACUUUGAAAAGAACAAUAAUAAUACCUUUGUAAGGGAUAAUGAUGAUACUUUUAUAAGGGAUGAUGAUGAUAUCUUUGUAAGAGAUGAUGAUUUUGAAAGUGAUUUAGAAUUAUCUAAUGGAUUUUUGAAAAAUGACAAUAUGAAUAAUAACUCUAAUGUAUCUGAUAAUAUUUCAGAAUCACCAGAAAAUAUUGAAAGAGAUAAUCUCAAACCACUUGACGAAGGAGCUAUUUAUGAUAAUAAUUCUUACUUAGAUAUAAAUUUUCCAAAUUUUACAACAUUCUUGAUAUUUAUAUAG